AUGUUAUUGCAUGAGAGUUUGGAGAUUGAGGACUGCAAUGCUUUGCUGUAUCUGCCAUGUGAAAUGGUAGGAUCCUCGCUCGAGUCACUGGUGUUGGAGAAUUUAAGUAGCCUACAGAAUGCACCUGACGAUAUCAGGACGAGGAGGAUAAUUGGGCGUGGCACUGAGCGUCAAGGCCUCUAUUAUGUGGAUGAGUUUGCUCAACAAGGUGGCACCGCAAUGCUUGCUCACGGAUCUGCAAAUCGGGAAGCUUGGCUGUGGCACCGCAGACUGGGGCAUCCAUCCUCGGGUUAUUUAAAAUUGCUUUUUCCAAAAUUUUCUCAUUUUAAAGAUAUUACUUGUGAAUCUUGCGUUUUGGCAAAGAGCCACAGACAGUCGUUUAGAUCAAGUGAUACUCGUGUCGAGACAAUUUUUUCUCUAGUGCAUGCUGAUGUUUGGGGUCCGGCUCCUAUUUUAGGAGAUCAUGAGCAAGCUAGUGUCACCGUCGAGCCGAUCACAUCUACUGUAGAGCCUCCUAAAUCGCCUACGCUUCAAUCCAGUCCUCCUCCACCUCCUCCAGUGAUAUCUGAGGUAAUUCCUGAAACUAGCUCAGAUAGUACAAUUAUUCCACCUAACGGGUCUGGUGUAGAUGUGAAUGCAGCAGUUGAUGGUGAUACUGGCCGAUACAUACUCCCUUUAAGGACUACUCGUGGGAUUCCGGCUAAGAGAUAUAGUCCUGAGAGAGUAAGUAAGAAGAGUCGAUACUCUAUGGCAAAUUUGGCUAAAGCAAACCUAACAGAGAUGGCUAGGGCUUUCGAGGUAACCCUCUAUGAAGAAGAGGAGAUUCCAUACACGGUCGAGGAGGCCAUGAAGAUCGCCCACUGGUGA